AUGACUAAAACGCUACCUCUGGAGGCGAGCAAGUCCCCUCCUGCUGGUGGGCCUGACAAUACAGCCAUGCCACCUGGACGUGUGGCUAACCUCAUGAUGCACUGGGUGACGAAGUGGUUUCGCCUCUGGCAGAAUUUCCCUGGAGCACUGAUGAAGGCUAUAUUGAUGGGUAUUGCCAAGGGGGUCUGCAGGCUAGCUGCAGUUGCCCCUUUGGAGAAGGCGAGAAGACCCUUGGGAGAGAAAAAAGAACUUGGGAAAGAUGAAGAUGGAGAGAUGCUCAACUGUGAAGUAUAUCAUCCAGGAUGCGCGAGUUCAGAACCUCCAUCUGAUGACAACCUAGGGCUCAAAGAUGUCACUGUUUUCCAGAAAUCAUUGGGAGGUUUGGGUAUUGGGAGGUAUUCGGAAGAGAAAGGCGGAGAUUCCUGUAACCCCCAUGAAGAGUUUGAGGGUUUGGGAAAUGACCUUGAAGUGGAUUCUAAGCAGAGGUUGGAGAGACCUUCUAGUUCCCAAGAACACGGGGAGAGGGUCGAACCUGAUGGGGAUUUUGUGGCGUUUGAAGAACAAGACAUGGAAAGAACAUCGGACGUUUCAAAGGAGGCGGAAAACCUGUUGCAGUUUGGAAAUGCGAAGAAGAACAUGGGAACACCUGCUGCCUCUUGUGGCUUCAAAAGCUCCCUGGUGCUCUCCUUGUUCUACAGUCCAUCUGAGGAUGAUGAUGAUGAUGAUGAUUCAGAAGACUGGUCAAGUGAAGAUGAGAUAGAAGAGACCGGUCAAUCCUGUUUAGAUGGCACUCUUUUGGAGUGUGAUACUGCAGCAGAAGGUCAUUCCCAACAUCAGGGUUUUCCUGAAAACCUCUCUGGAUCCUGCUUCUCCAACGUGGACCCCCCGUCUUUACUCUGCUUUUCCAAAUCCGUUCAACCAGUCGCCGUUGCCUCACCUGAACCCAAGAACCACAAGGAAAUUGCAGUCUCCUUUCACAUAAGACAGGAAGAUUCUAGGCUGGAGGAGUUUUGCGAUCUUCCCAAACCAUCAGAAGACCAAAGAUCUGCCACUGGGCAUCCACCUCACUCCAGCUGUCAGCUAGGAACGGAAAGAAACUGUGACUUGGUGACCACAGAGACAUCCUUGGAUUCCCGGAAGGAACACCAAACGGUGAAGAAGGUUCGAUUCUCUUCCAAGGUCGCUGUCCACACGCUGGUGGUCUGGGAUUAUGCUUCCCGAGCCGCUCGCCGGGGUCCCUGGGAGGAAAUGGCUCGCGAUCGCUGCCGUUUUCAACGCAGAAUUGCCGAAGUGGGCGCCCUCUUGAAGCCCUGUCUGGAGGUGGAACAUCGUGCCAGAGCUUGGGAAAGAAUCCACGGUGCUCUGGACCGUGUUCCAUAGGAAAACAGUGGUGGUACACUCCACAGUUCAGCU